CCAACACUGUCAAUGCUCUGUUAUCCAUCUACGGAUACGCUGUCGUCGUCAUUCAUACCAAUUCAUACUGGUACUGGUACUACGCGACACAAAGUAUUUGUAGCGUCCUUCGGCAUCCAUUCAAUUUAUUGACGGAAACUAUAUUUGUUGAAUAACAGUACAUUGUUUCACUAUUUGGAUUCUAUUGUAUACUAACUAAUUAAGAUAAGGAGAUAAACUAGUUGGUGUGCAAUUAUGUCGACUGACUUUUAUAUACGUUACUACGUAGGACACAAAGGGAAAUUCGGUCACGAAUUUCUAGAAUUUGAGUUCAGGCCCGAUGGUAAAUUACGAUAUGCAAAUAACUCGAAUUACAAGAAUGACACAAUGAUUCGAAAGGAAGCAUAUGUGCACCAAUGUGUGAUGGAGGAGCUGAAGAGGAUUAUUCAAGACUCCGAAAUAAUGCAAGAAGAUGACUCCUUGUGGCCACAACCAGAUCGUGUUGGACGUCAAGAAUUAGAGAUUGUUAUUGGUGACGAACAUAUAUCGUUUACUACUUCAAAAACUGGUUCAUUGUUAGAUGUGAAUCAGUCACGAGAUCCAGAAGGAUUGAGAUGCUUCUAUUAUCUUGUACAAGAUUUGAAAUGCUUAGUCUUCUCUCUUAUAGGACUACAUUUCAAAAUUAAGCCAAUAUAAAUGAUUAUGUUAAACUAUAUUACUUAAGUGACUUUACUGUAAGGAAAUACACUCUACCUAUCAUUUUCAAUUA